AUUCUUCUUCGCGACCAUGGCGUCCGAUCCCCAUCAGCAGCGCUACGCUACAUAUCAAACCUACAAACAAAGCCCAAGAGAUGCAGAGUUGUCAAAGCUUCUUGCCCAGAACGGGCCUUGGCCGGAUCCUCCCUUCAAGGAUAUAUCACAGUGCCGCGGCAUUUCGGAUUAUGCGGACGGCCUGCUCAUAGAUGCACUCGGCCCGGCCCCGGUAGGCCUGCAUGAGCAAACCUACAGUAUCCCAACGAGCGACGGUUACACCUCCACUGCUCUACUCACCCGGCCAGCGCCCGGUUCUGAUCCUGGCCCGCUCAUUGUCUUGUAUCACCCAGGAGGCUUCUUCCUCGGCAGCCCUGCCAAGCUGACCAUGUAUGCCCGGCCCCUCGCGCAGCUGUUCAACGCUUCGGUCCUGUGCCCCGCGUACCGGUUCGCACCGGAGCACCCAUUCCCGACGGGCAUAGAAGACUCGUGGGCGACACUGAAGUGGGCGGCGGGCCACGCCGCGGAACUCGGGGCGGAUCCCGCACUGGGGUUUCUCGUGGGCGGCAUCUCGAGCGGCGCCAACUUCGCAGUCGCGCUCGUGCGGCGGGCCGUCGAGGCCCGUCUCCAGCCUCCCGUUACGGGAACGUGGGCCCCGAUCUUCAUGGGCCUGACGGAGCGAGGUGCGGUGCUGGACGAGUACGAGAUGUUCUGGACGAGUCAUGAGCAGCACCGCGACGCUCUCGUUAUCGAUGCGGACAAGGCCGCGACCAUGUGGGAAUACUACAAGCCCAGCAUCCACUCGCCAUUGUUCAACCCCCUAGCUCCGCCUCUCGACCAGAUUCGCGAGAUUCCCAAGAUGUUCCUGCAGGUCGCGGGCCACGACAUGUUCCGUGACGACGGGCUCGUGCUUGCGUAUGCGCUGCAGGACCAUGGUGUUGAUGUGAAACUGGAGGUCUAUCCGGGGGUUUGUCAUUCCUUCUGGGUAUUCGCUCCGAACCUAUCGGUUUCAAAGAAAUUUGUGAGCGACAUUGUCAGGGGAUUCGCAUGGCUGUUGGUCGUGGAUACGGAUACUUUGAGCGAGGGCUGGGAGACCGCGAUGGCGAUGCCGGCCAUCACAAUCGAUGAUGAUACGGAGCCACAGAGUAACUAA